UCGAUCUUGUAUUACGUCAUUUAUCAGUAUAGUAUGAUGCAUUAUUACGUAAAUACUAAAAAGUCUAAAAGUUUGUUAAAAUGAUUUAAAGAAUUAAAUAAUUCGAUAAGAUAAUCAAUGAAAUCCCACACUCUCUUAAUUUUCUUACAUAUGUUUGAGGGAGUUGAGACAACAGCUAGACUUGGCGUUAAGACAAGGCGAAUUAUGGAAUCAUUUGGAGAAACAAUCGUGAGAACACAUGAAGAAACAAGAGCGAUUAGAGUGAUUACUAAUCGAGUUCAAAGAAUGGUUCAAAAUUUAUAUUAUCGUGUAAUUCGAUCUUUCAAAGAUAUAUUUCAAAGUACUCCAAGAUGGUUCCGGAUAUGUUUAAUGAUAUUAUAUGAAAAAGGACGACAAUAUCCACCGAUAGUUGAUUUUUUUCGUUCUUUUAUCAUAUUCUUUCUUAUUCCUUUUACUUUAUUCAUAUCAUGGAGUAUUGGAUCAAUUCUGUUUUCUGGAAUUGCUUUCGCAGCUGCAUGGACUACAUUUAAUAUCUUCUCAAUAAUUACUGGCUUGAUAUCCAUCUUUCCGUUUUUUGUUCUUGCUUUAUUUUUUGCCUUUAUUACAACUUUUGUUACCAACAUCGGACGGCUAACAAUCAUUUUCGGUAAAUAUGUUUAUCGAGCGACUUUGACAUUUUUUCGGAAUCAUAUUAGGAUUGGUAUUGGUCAAGAGAUUUAUAGGAGGAGCACAACCACGGCCAUUCAGAAUGCCUAAGGAAUUACAAAUCGCGACACCUAGACCAUUACAAAUACAACAUCCAAUAUUUCCGACAAAUCCUAAAAGAUCAUGGAAAGAAAGAUUUAUUUCAUAUAUUCGUCACUUAUCUUCAGCGUUUCUUAUUGAAUUAUAUAAUUUUUUUAGGAUGUUUUGGUUAUUGUGGGUUUGUUGGUCAAUAAUAUUUUUCGUGUUAAUUAAUUGGAUUUUUAAUCUCUUAAUACCAGCAAUUUCAAAGAAAUAUGAUUUAUGAAAAUAUUGAAAUUAUAAUCUCACUUUUUUUUUUAGAUAUUACUGAUAUUUUUUUAUUUUUACUAUUACUGCACAAUUUUCAAAAUUCACCUGUAAGUCGCG